AUUUACGUCUUUUCUCAAACUUAGUGUUUCCAUAUGGUAGCGGUUGGGAUAUUUUUGUACCCUUUGAAGCGCCGCAUACUACUCAAUCGAACUGUCAACCAGUUUUGAUGUGUUGUUUCAUUGAAUCGAAGAAACAUCGAAAAUACUAGUGUUUACGAUUCAACCAAACAUUGUGUGAACUUUUUCUUUUCUCAUCUCUCCUUCAGUGACUGAGUUCAAUCAAAAAUGCCAUCGCUGGACACCGAAGAUUCAUUGGAGCAGCUCAAUGAUGACAACCGAAAUGAAAAUACUCUUUCGGGUCCAAUCAUUGGCAUUAUUUAUCCGCCACCAGAAGUUAGAAAUAUCGUUGAUAAAACCGCAAGCUUCGUUGCCAGAAAUGGGCCGGAAUUCGAGGCACGUAUUCGUCAGAACGAAUUGGGUAAUCCGAAAUUCAACUUCUUGAAUUCAGGCGAUCCAUAUCAUGCCUACUAUCAACACAAGGUCAAUGAGUUUCGUGAGGGAAAAGCUGAUGCUCUCUCCGCGUUACCUGCAAGCGUGCAGAAGUUACAGGUUUCAUCGGCAGCCCAUCAGAAACAACAAGAAUUGCUGAAACAAGUAGCCGAACAACAAUUUAUACCAAAGGAAGCACCACCGGAGCCGGAAUUUGUCGCCGAUCCACCGUCUAUUUCGGCACUUGAUUUAGACAUUGUGAAAUUGACCGCGCAGUUUGUGGCACGAAAUGGUCGUCAGUUUUUGACGAAUUUAAUGAAUCGUGAACAGCGUAAUUAUCAAUUUGACUUUUUGCGGCCACAGCAUUCGCUCUUCCAGUAUUUUACCAAACUGUUAGAACAGUAUACAAAGAUAUUGAUUCCGCCAAAGGACUUGAUGGCACGAUUAAAAACUGAGAGUACGCAUGGACGCGAGAGUUCAAACACGGUUUUGGAACAAGUGAAAUAUCGUGCUAAUUGGCAGAGACAUCAGGAAGCUCAGCGAAAGAGAGAAGAGGAGAAAAUUGAACGCGAACGAGUUGCAUACGCUCAAAUCGAUUGGCAUGACUUUGUUGUCGUCGAAACGGUUGAUUAUCAACCAUUCGAAACCGGCAAUUUCCCGCCACCCACUACCGCAACCGAAGUCGGUGCCAGAGUUCUGAUGGAAGAGCGUAUGUUAGAAGAAGACGGAGACAUUGAAAUGCAAAUUGAGUCCGAUGAAGGGAGCGACACAGAAGGGCCAAUAUCUAUUAAAUUGUCAACGAUGGAAAACCGUAUUGGAAUGCCUUCUCUAUUAGCCAAGCGAGACAAUGUUCAGGUGCAGGAUAUGGACGAAGCAUCAAGCGAUGACGAAGCAAAUCACGAUGGAAAAGUGCCUGCUCCGAUUGUACCGAUGUUGCCACCAACUCACGACAAAGUCAUCAUCAAGAAAUACGAUCCAAAGCAAGCACAAAAGCCAGUCGUCAAAGCACCGGCUCCGGAUGAAUACGUCAUUUCACCAAUUACUGGCGAGAAAAUUCCAGCCUCGAAAAUGCCAGAGCAUAUGCGUAUUGGUCUACUCGAUCCGCGAUGGAUCGAACAACGUGACAAGCACACCGUUGACAAACUCAAUCAAGACAAUGUUUAUGCUGCUGGCACAGCUAUUGAGGCAAGUUUGAAGCAAUUGGCCGAACGUCGUACGGAUAUCUUCGGUGUUGGCGAUGAAGAAACGGUGAUUGGUAAAAAGUUGGGUGAAGAGGAAACACGAAAAGAUGAACGUGUCACAUGGGAUGGUCAUACAUCGUCGGUCGAAGCUGCUACGCGUGCAGCAAGAGCCAAUAUUACACUGGAAGAUCAAAUUCAUCAAAUUCACAAGGUCAAGGGUUUGUUGCCAGAUGAGGAAAAGGAAAAAAUCGGACCAAAACCAGUUGCUGGAGCACCGAACACAAGCAAAUUGCCAACAAGUGUUUCGGCUGUCCCAAUGCCGGCUCAACCGCAGCAACCAGUACAGCCACCAGUUCAACCGGCUAUGCCAAUUCCACCACCAAUGAUGAUGCCACCGAUGAGACCACCAAUGAUGCCAUCAUUUUCAGGAUACCAACAGCCCAUUCCUCCGCUUGUUCCAGGUGGUCAUCCCCCUGCCAAUUUCCAACAACCAUCGCAACCACCUGUGCAAAAUAACCCAAUGAACUUCAUGAUGGAGUCAUCGACUCCAGCUGAUGAUGAGCCACCGAAUAAGAAGCAACGCUCCGAAGAUAAUUUAAUACCUGAGACCGAGUUCAUGGCCACACACAAAGGCCCUGUUUCAUUACAAGUUCAAGCACCAAGUGGUGAUAAGCCAGAAUGGCGUCUGAAUGGGCAAAUCAUACCGAUUACACUAUCGCUUAAUGAUACGAUUUCAACAUUGAAGUCAAAGAUUCAAGAAGAAACCAGUUUACCACCGGCCAAACAGAAAAUUUCGUAUGAGGGAAUGUUCUUCAAAGAUAACAACACCAUUGCGUUCUAUAAUCUAUUGAGCGGAACUACAGUUCAACUACAAAUUAAAGAACGUGGUGGCCGCAAAAAAUAAAGCUAUCAAAAUCUUCAAACCUAAUUUCAACUUCUGUUCCAAAUUGUAACAGCUUUUUUCUUCUUCUUUAUUUGCACGUGAAAUACAUUUAAAUUUAAACAGAAAAA